AUAAAAGAAUUUUGGAAAGAUCUGGGUAAAAGAUAGACAUUGCCCAUAUAAUUAUUCAGCCGAAUCCAGUUCUACUUCUACAGGAAUGCCGAAAAGGCGAAAACCCAGCCAUAGGAGCGAAAUGGGCGAAUCUAUGCCCAGAUGACCACACUGCGCAAUUGUGGCACUAUACAACUGCCGCGCCAAGCAUUUCCUCCGCGUCACUCCAUUACCCUUCUUCGGCACUUGACACUCCCCGUCGCCGGAAGCUUCACGCCACGUCUGGUAUCUGUUCGCCGCCGAUCGGGUCGCCGACCGAUUCUCUUCGUCGAAACGGACGUGACGGAGUCGGUAUCCAUGACGGACUCCAAUUCCAUUCCCAGCUCUGCUCAUCCGGCUUAUACGGAGAUCAUCGUUGUUCGUCACGGCGAGACGGAGUGGAAUGCUGAUAAAAGGAUUCAGGGACAUGUCGAUGUUGACCUGAAUGAAGUUGGGAGACAACAAGCUGCUUUGGUAAAUGUGGCUGAUCGAUUAUCCAAAGAGUCUAAGAUUUCUGCUGUAUAUUCUUCCGACUUGAAACGAGCUUUUGACACGGCGCAAGCAAUUGCUGAUAGAUGCGGCGGUAUUGAGGCAUGAGCACUGCCACAGCUUUUUUUUCUUUCAAUUUGGGCUUCUUAGGCUGCCUUGUUUGACUAGUAAUAUUGCUCUGUGCUGCAUUAUCUAUACUCCUUUUGGUUAUCCGCUUGAUAUCAAUGAGAUUGUGUUGGCUUCUAUUCAUUUCACAUCUGCUACCCUAGUUUUGCUGAUUCCCUAAAGCUUCCAGGUCAUCAAGGAACCAGGGCUACGAGAAAGGCAUUUAGGGGAUCUACAAGGCCUUUCGUUAAGUGAAGCUGCCAAAGCUUCCCCAGAAGCAUACGAGGCAUUUUUAUCCCACAAAACCAGCCAAGACAUCCCUGGCGGUGGCGAAAGUCUUGAUAAAUUAUAUGAGCGUUCGACAUCUUCAUUUCAAAGAAUUGCAGCAAAGCAUAGAGGUGAGCGAGUGGUUGUAGUGAGUCACGGAGGCACCAUCAGAUCCCUACACAAGCGAGCUUGCCCUAGCGGGAGGCCUGCAAAGAUACUCAAUACUUCUGUGCACAUCUUUCACAUAUCCGAUGUAGACGAGUGGACCAUAAAAUCUCGGGGUGAUGUUAGCCAUCUCAACCAAACGGGAUUCCUGGAGUCUGGUUUUGGUGGCGACAGAACCUCUGGUUAGCUGCACUUAGAACCAACCCUCUUCCUAUCAAGGAAAUAACUUGUCACUAUAGAGUCUUUUUUUUUCUCUUCUCCUCUUCAUACUACAAUGGACAGCCACCCUCUGAUGUAAUGAAAGAGAAUUUACCGUUGUACCGGUACUUACUGUUGUUUGAAGGAAUAUAGCUGCCUGGUUGGUAUCUGCAGCUGCAAGUAAUAGCCUAUUUUAAGCGGUAUCAGCUCCUCAAAACCUUGCAGUUACAUAACUUACCUUGACCCACUAACUCGACCGGGUUAACGGGCCAAACCAGAUUCACAAUCACGGACACUACUAAUAGUUAGCAUUAGGGUAUUUUGUGCUAAAAUCAUAGUUGAAUACUCGUUAAAUCAUGCUUGAAAAUUUGCUCCAACCCAAGCCUUGAUGCAUCUUCAGAAAAAAUAAAAAAUUAUAAAACCAUAUCGACGGUUGUAUCGAAAGAGUUAGCAUUAGGCAUUUUGUGCUAAAUCGUAGUGCAACCGUCGUUAAAUCAUUUCAUACCAUUAAAAUCACCAACGAUUUAGAUUCUGUUAGGAUUUUUUCGAUUGGGCCGCCGGUACGGUACAAUCGUAGUUCAACCGUGAUUAAUUACGACUUGACAUAUUGCUCCAAUCGAGCCUUGGAAGAAGAAGGCUCUGUAUGACAUUGCAAUUGCCAAGGGUGGUUCGGACCAGAUGAAGCUGAAAGGGAGGCUGAUAAUGUUUCAGCAGAUAUUGAGAACAUCGCAAGAGCUAUCAAAGCCAAACUGCUAGAUUACUUGAAGGAGGAAGGGACAUAUACCCCAGAACAAGUCGGUGUGCUCCAUGCUCUAGGAGCAGCCAUAUACAACGAGGAUGACCAUGCAAGCAAGGACUAGAUUCCAGUUGGAUAUUGUUUUAGAUUGUCUUAAAUGGGACGAGAACAGGGUUGACACACACAUGUUUUACAAAAAUAGAUAAGGUCCUUGGAGACCUCCGUUUUGAUACAACAGAUUCAGAUCUGAUUCCACAUAUUGGAAGGUAUAUAUAAUAUAAUUUUCCUUGCUAUGUGUUUGGUCAUGUAAUCCCAACGUUUAUACUGAAUUGUUUGCAUCUUGUAUUACUUUAGGUGGAUUUUCACCAUCCACAAGCUCGCGGAUGCAUUGGAGACGAAAUAUCACUGGGAGAUGGAGAUAAGGCGGCUAGAGGUGAAACUUGAAAUAUACAAGAUGAGGAAAAAGGUCAAGUAAGUAUUGAGUCGGUGU